AUGCCCUGGGCUGUGCUCCUCGGCCUCCUGGCCGCGCUGCUGCUGCUGCUGCUGCUGACCCGCCGGCGCACGCGGCGACCUGGGGAGCCUCCGCUGGACCGGGGCAGUAUCCCCUGGCUGGGCCAUGCUCUGGAGUUUGGAAGAGAUGCUGCCAGCUUCCUCACGAGGAUGAAAGAGAAACACGGCGACAUCUUUACCGUGCUGGUGGGCGGCAGGUAUGUCACCGUUCUCCUGGACCCCCAUUCCUACGACUCGGUGGUGUGGGAAGCUCGCACCAAGCUGGACUUCCAUGCCUAUGCCAUCUUCCUCAUGGAGAGGAUCUUUGAUGUGCAGCUUCCGCAUUACAGCCCCAGCGACGAAAAGGCCAGGAUGAAGCCGACACUGCUGCACAGAGACCUCCAGGCGCUCACGGAAGCCAUGGAUACCAACCUCCGCACCGUCCUGCUGGGUGACGCCACAGAGGCAGGCGAUGGCUGGCACGAGAUGGGGCUCCUUGAUUUCUCCUACAACUUCCUGCUCAGAGCCGGCUACCUGACCCAGUACGGAGUGGAGGCACUGCCCCGCACCCCGCAGAGCCAAGCCCAGGACCGUGCCCACUCGGCCGACGUCUUCCACACCUUCCGCCAGCUCGACCUGCUGCUCCCCAAACUGGCGCGCGGCUCCCUGUCAGUGGGCGAUAAGGACCGUGUGAGCAGGGUCAAAGGUCACCUGUGGAAGCUGCUGUCCCCAACCAACCUGGCCACCCGGGCCCACCGGAGCACAUGGCUGGAAAGUUACCUGCUACACCUGCAGGAGAUGGGAGUGUCAGAAGAGAUGCAGGCCCGAGCCCUGGUGCUGCAGCUCUGGGCCACGCAGGGAAACAUGGGUCCAGCCACCUUCUGGCUCCUGCUCUUCCUCCUCAAGCAGCCGGAAGCCCUGGCCGCUGUCCGUGAGGAGCUGGAGGGCAUGCUCCGGAGUGCAGAGCAGCCUGUCUCCCAGAUGACCGCGAUCCCACAGAAGGUUCUAGACAGCAUGCCUGUGCUCGACAGCGUGCUGAGCGAGAGCCUCCGGCUCACCGCGGCGCCCUUCAUCACACGUGAGGUUGUGGUGGAUCUGGCCUUGCCCCUGGCAGAUGGGCGGGAGUUUUCUCUGCGACGUGGGGACCGCCUCCUCCUCUUCCCCUUCCUGAGUCCCCAGAAGGAUCCAGACAUCUACACAGACCCAGAGAAAUUUCAAUACGACCGAUUCCUCAACGCUGAUGGAACAGAGAAGAAAGACUUUUACAAGGAUGGGAAACGGCUGAAGAAUUACAACAUGCCAUGGGGCGCGGGGCUCAACCAGUGCCUGGGCAGGAGUUACGCCAUCAACAGCAUCAAACAAUUCAUGGUCCUGGUGCUGAUGCACUUGGACCUGGAGCUGGUCAGCCCGGAGGCGGAGAUCCCGGAGUUUGACCUGAGCAGAUACGGCUUCGGUCUGAUGCAGCCGGAACACGAUGUGCCCAUCCGGUACCGCGUGCGGCCAUGAGGUCCUGGACAGACCAGGCCUCCACCCAGCCCUCACCCACUCUCUCCGCUUCCUGUGACCAGUUUUGCCUGAGGGGCAGCCCUGUAAACACCCUAUUGCCUGCUUUUUGGCUAGAAGGCUAGGGGGGUGGGGGGAGGGAAGGAGGGGACUGAGAGAAGGCGAACCCAGGAAAGACAUGGAGAGCGUUGGACUAUUUGCUGCCCAACGUUAGUUCCAAGAUCAGAAUCUGGCCUCUCCCACAAGCCUCGCUCCUCCUCACGUCUUAGGAAGGCGACACAAGUCCACACAAGUGCAUGCAGACAGAGCCAAACUAGGAGUUGUCACUGCCCCCUGGCUCCCAAAGGGUGACCUUCUAACCACUUCACUGGUGCGGUCUGGGCCUCAGCCAAUCAGAGCAGAUGCCGACCAGCAAAUGCUAGCAGGGGGACCUAGCAGUGUGUCCUUUGAAACCAGCUCCACUCCCAAUGACUAUUAGUCCAGCUAAAGCCAGGGAAGCCCCCUUAAAAUAGUCACUGCCUCCAUGCCCCACCUUCUGGCCAUGUCUUCUCACCUCUGCUGCUUGGGAAAAUGCAGGCUCUUCUGGGGCUGGUUCAUCAGGAGACAACACGGGGCUCCAAGGAGUAGCCUCCCCUUUCCUGGCAUGAGCUGACGUCACCUAAUUCAUGGUGACCCCACACACAGCGGGGACCCCGAGGCUUCUCACAGGCUGAUAUUGCAGAGUCCCAGGCCUGUCCUCCCACCCUGUCUUAGUCUGAAACCUGCUCAGUCCUGUAGCCGCCCGCCAGCCUCCACGGGCUGUUUGUGGAUCAUCAGCUGGGAACUUCCCCCCAGUGUGGAAGGCGACUCCAGGGCUGUAUCUCAGGUAGGAACACUGAGGCAGGCACAGCCCUGAUGCCCGCUGAGGAGGGACCAGCCAAGUUCAGGAGGAGGAGUUGAAGGUUUCUUGCCCAACAGCCCUAGCGGCAUAGCAGUUACCAGUUGGGCUGCAACCCUCAAAGUCAGCAGUUCAAAACCACCAGCCAUUCCUCGGGAGACAGACCCGGCUUUCUACCCCUGUACAGCGUGACGGUCUCCGAAGCUCACCGGUCUACUGUGCUCUAUAGGGUGGCCAUGGGUCCACAUGGAAAUCAUUUGCCCUCUAGCACCACCUGUGGGCAUGAGCUUUGUUUGACCAUUGCUUAAUUUUUUUUUUAAAGGAGUCUUGGUGGUAUAAUGGUUACUUGUUGGGCUGCUAACCACAAACUCGGU